AUGGAGUACAAACGACUACAGUCCUCGCCCAAGAUCAAGCCCCGGCUGAUCAUCCACGGCGGGGCAGGGAACAUCAAGCCGACGAAUCUAACACCGGAACGAUAUGAGGCUGUCAGGCGAUCCCUCCUUGGCAUGAUCGCCAAAACGCACAGCUAUAUGCACGCCGCUUGCCCGCCAUCCGCACUCCAAGUCGCCACUUACGCAGUCACCCUGCUUGAGAAUGACCCCUUGUUCAACGCCGGGAAAGGCGCAGUCUUUACGCGUGAUGGAAUCCAGCAGCUCGAGGCUUCUGUCAUGGUGUCGCGGGGACACGCCAAGCGCGCGGCGGGAGCCCUGGGCCUGCAGCAUGUGAAGAAUCCCAUAUUGCUCGCCCGGGAGAUCCUAGAGCAUGGCGAGGAGGACCUGUGGGGAAGAAAAGGUCAAGGCCAUCGAGACAGCAUGGGUGUAUCCGACGGCAAGACCAACAAAAAUGGCAGCUCCGACUCGGUAGAUGUCGACGUACCCUCCGCUCAGGGACACACGCUCGUCUUCGGAGCCGCGGCGGAGUCAUUGGCCAAAAAGUAUGGGCUCGAGUUCGCGCCGACGAGUUACUUUUUCACUCAAACGAGAUGGGACGAGCACAUUCGCGCCCUAGAGCAGGAGAAGUCCGGGAGGCAGUACUCAGCAACAUGGUCACCAGACGAGUACUUACCACAGGGCACGACUGGCGCUGUGGCCCUUGACUCGGAUGGCGUUGUCUGCUGCGCAACCAGCACAGGCGGGCUGACGAACAAGUUGACCGGCCGGAUUGGAGACACACCUGUUCCCGGUGCUGGGUACUGGGCAGAGGAAUGGGACGAAAAGGGCGGCUCUUCCAAGAAGUCAUGCUCACCCCUAUCAACCUUCUGGGAUCGUGGGUUGGAGGCAGUCCGCCACUCGGGUUCGGUCCUCGAAUUCAGUGGCGCGCUGCGAGGACUCAUGGCUGAUUGCCUACCAACUCCCUUCACUUACACCCCGCUCAUAUCGUCCAUACCUUCCCAGUUGACCACUACCCGCUCUUUCGCAACGUCCGGUACGGGCAACGGGGACUCGUUCCUCCGUGUUAAUGCUAGCCGUACUGCAGCUGCUAUUGCACGCUGGGGCGGGGUGCCUUCUGCGCAAGCCUUGACUGCUGUCACGGGACCUGGGGGCCAGUUGCAGAAGUCGGCGGGAGAUCGAUGGAUGAUCACCGGGGAAGGAGAGGGCGGCAUGAUCGGCAUUGAGAGCACCGUGGUGAGAGACGCGCAGGGGAAUAUCGUCCAAGCUCGGAACAUGAUCAUCCAGGACCACAACUGCCCGGGCAUGUUCCGUGCGUGGGUCGAUGACAACGACAAGGCCGUGUUCCAGGUCUGGCAUGACAGUGACGAGGUAUCCGAGCUGGGAUUCGAAGGAGAGGGCCUCAGGGAGAAGAUUUGGGCUUGGGAGGGGGCCAAGUUGGGUGCUUAG